UCUCCCUUCAGUUAUGACCAAAUUCAAUAUUUAUCACUCUAGAGCCUAUAUAACCACCCGUUUGAAAGUUAUAGAACUCUAACUCUGUGUGAAAGAGCAAGACUAUAGUUAUCUCUGAGUUUUAUUGAAGCUAGCUCCUCUGAUUUCUCCUCUCUCUAUCCAUCUAUGGUGUCUUUUCAAGCUCAACCCCUUUCACCAAACCAGAAGAAAUCAAUCCUAGACACAGAGAUUUCAUCCAAGAAGAGAAAGUGGGAUGACCCUUUUCCCUUUGUGGAACAACUACUCGAAAAGCGUCCGAAACCAGCUGAUCAAAUCAGACCAAAGUCCUUUUUUGAUGUUGAGCUCCACCUCGAGACUCCAUUGCCUUUGGAGUGGCAACGAUGCCUUGAUAUUCAGUCGGGCCAGAUACACUUUUACAACACAAGGACACAGAUGAAGACUUCAAGGGAUCCAAGGAGGAGUACUCCUGAGCCACCAACAACUAAUCACAUGAGCUUAGACCUUGAGCUCAACCUGAGAUGCGACUCCAAACCUCAUUCAGACAUAUCAGCAAACAGCUUCGGGGAACUUUUCAAGAACAACUCAUCAAGGUUGGGACUUGAUCAACUUGAUCAUGACCAAGAGAUGUUGGCAACUGUGUGCAUGAGGUGUCACAUGUUGGUCAUGCUUUGCAAGUCUUCACCUGCAUGCCCAAAUUGCAAGUAUAUGCACACAACUGAUCAGAGCCCCUCAACCCUAUUCAAGCCAAUGAGUCAAGGUCAUGUAGCUUCAUCAUGUGCUAGUAAGAUCAAAGCCUGGUAUUAGUGAAUUGAGGAAAAUUAAGAAGCCAGGCUGAUCGAUCACCCUCUAGUAACACAAAUUAUGUAACUGUUAAUUAUGUAUCUUAAUUUUAAGCUAAAAGGGUCUUCUGCCGA